CGAGAUGCAUUGGAUGCAGAUAUCCACAUUGACACAGAAGACCAAGGAAUGUAUAAAUAUAUGUCUUCACAUCACCUCUUUAAGUUACUAGAUUGUCUGCAAGAGUCUCAUUCAUUUUCAAAAGCCUUUAAUUCAAAUUAUGAACAGCGAACUGUGUUAUGGAGAGCAGGGUUCAAGGGUAAAUCAAAACCCAAUCUCUUAAAACAAGAGACCAGUAGCUUGGCUUGUUGCUUGAGAAUACUCUUUCGAAUGUAUGUGGAUGAAAACCGCCGAGACUCCUGGGAUGCUAUACAACAACGACUGCUUAGUGUAUGCAGUGAAGCCCUGGCAUAUUUUAUUACUGUGAACUCAGAAAGCCACAGAGAAGCUUGGACUAAUCUCCUGCUCUUGCUUUUAACAAAAACACUAAAAAUCAGUGAUGAAAAGUUUAGGGCACAUGCUUCAACAUAUUAUCCAUAUUUGUGUGAAAUAAUGCAAUUUGACCUGAUUCCUGAGCUUCGAGCUGUGCUACGGAAGUUCUUCCUGCGUAUAGGUGUUGUGUUCAAAAUCUGCCUAACAGAGGAGCAGAUACGGACAACUGGGAUGAACUUGCCUUCGUGGUAGCCCUAAGUAGGGUUGGUUACUCCUGCUUGUACAUAAAGCUAUGUUCCAGAGAUGGAUUAAAUUGGAUGGGAAAAAAUGGGACCCUGGUGUAUCAACACAGCAGCAAGUUACUCUUACCACAAUGGCAUUUGGGGAGGAGGAAAAAAAAUCCUGUUCUGUCCAUCCUACAAAACUAUCAGCAGUUUUAUUUAAAUUAUUGCUUACAGAGUUAAUACAGUAGAUGUAAAGUCUCUUUGUUUCAAUGCUAGUCAUCCUUAUGAUCAAGUCUCUCUUCUAGCCUUUGAUCAAUUGUUCAGUCUUGCAUCCCAGCUAAAUCUGAUAAAUCAGCUGGAUUCCUCCAUAGAAGUUAUGCCCCUUGGGAAUAAUGAAUAUAGUUGUAUAGCCUUGUGAUGUUAGCACAUGUGUUCAUAAUAAACUAUACUGCAGUGGCUAAUGACCACCUAAGAUCAUUCUGGGUUUUUCUUUGUGUGUACAUGACUAAGCCAGGCAGCGUGUUAUGGUUUUUGAAGUGGACAGCCUGCGGAAUAUUUGGGGAAAGGGUUUUCCUCCUGUUUAGCAAGUAAAUUUUAAAGCCUUUUUUAAUACCAGUGCUUCAUCUUCUGAGACUUAUUUUUGGUUUUAUGGAAGGUUUUAGGUUUUACAUCAGGAGCACGCAAUAGCUGUUACUCUAUUUAGCUUGUUAGUCUUGAGUUAAAGGCAUUUAAAAAAAAAAAAGAAAGACUUUUAAACUUUCCAUUUACUUUCAUACAU